AGACUGGAGGAGAACAGGAGGAGAGGAAAAGCAUGGAAAACGUUCUUCUGUGCAUUUUUGCUGUUUCAGUGCUAAGGGAUGUCUGCUCACUUCCUGCACAAAAUUACUAUUUUAUUUAUGAGCUCAAGAACUGGACCGAAGCUCAGAGUUUCUGCAGAGAAAAGUACUCAGACCUGGCAACAAUAAAGAAAAUGGAGGAUGUGACGAGACUGAAUGACCUGGUAGAUCUGAGUAAACUGGGAAACAACCAUAUCCCCUGGAUUGGACUGUAUGAUGACAUAAACAGCUGGAAGUGGUCUAUGUCAGACUCAAACUUCUACCAACAUGAUGAGAAGUUCAAAAACUGGGCCACUGGAGAACCAAACAACAAGGGAGUAGAGAACUGUGUUGAGAUGUAUGAAGACGGAUACUGGAACGACAAAUCUUGUUCUGAAACACGAAAGUCAAUCUGCUUCGAUGGCAGAGGGACAAAUGUGACGUUUGUUCACAUCAGCAUCAAAAUGAACUGGACUGAGGCUCAGCGUUACUGCAGAGAACAUCACACAGACCUGGCCAGUGUGAGAAACAUGGCUGAGAACCAGAAGGCAAAUGAGAUGGUGCCAGGAGAAAAAGUCUGGAUCGGCCUUUUCAGAAAUUCCUGGGUGUGGUCAGAUGAAACCAGCUCUGCGUUUAGGUACUGGAAUUCUGGGGAACCCAAUGGCAGGAAGGAGAACUGUGCUGCUGCAAAUAUGCGAAAUUCUGGAAAAUGGGAGAACUGGAACUGCAGUGAAAAGAGACCACUGAUUUGCUCUGCAGUUGUUUUUUCAAAACAAGUAAAACUGAAGGUGGUGAGAAGUUCCUCUCUGGAUCUGAACAACCCUGGUGUGCUGGAAGACCUACUGGAGAAGGUGUUCUGGAUUGGACUGUACGACGACGUGAACAGCUGGAGGUGGUCCAUGUCAGACCCAAACUUCUACCAACAUGAGGAGAACCAGUUCAGGAACUGGGAAGCUGGAGAACCAAACAAUGAAUUUGGGAUUGAGUUCUGUGGACGAAUAAGUUUGAACGGAUUGUGGAAUGAUGUGCCCUGCUCUGGCAAAUUAAAUGCGGUUUGCUUUAAUGUCAGCGGGACGACUCCCUGGUUUUAUAACACCAGCAGUAGCAUGAGCUGGACUCAAGCUCAGAGCUACUGCAGAGAACAUCACACAGAUCUGGCCAGUGUGAGACACAUGUCUGACAACCAGGUGAUAAAGAAUUUGAUCACAAAACCAGUCUGGAUCGGUCUGUACCGAGACUCCUGGAAGUGGGUGGAUGGAAGGAACUCAUCAUACAGGUACUGGAACACUGGGGAACCCAAUAAUAACAACGGGAAAGAGGAAUGUGCUGCUGCAAACUUUGGACAGGCUGGAAAAUGGGAGGGCUGGAGCUGUGGAUGGAAGAAAGCCUUCAUUUGCUAUGCUGCUCCUCGAUCACACCAAGUUAUAAAACUGAAGCUGGAGUUCUCCUCCUCUCUGGCUCGGGAUAAUUCUACUGCGUUGAAAGACCUGCUGAAGAAACUGAAACAGAAGCUGAAGGACGACGGAGUGAAAGGAGACAUCAAACUGAGCUGGAGGAAGCACUUAGAUGGAGAGGUCUUCCAGAAGCAAAGGAAGAAAGAUGAGCUUUAAAUGUGAUUUUUUUUAUUUCAAUCUUUUUUGUUUAAGAAGGUGUUUUAUCAUUUAUUCUCUUAUUUUUGGUCUGU